AUGGAGCCUGAACUGGCAGACAGCACAAGACAGGCCGAUAGCAAACCCGGAGAAGGAGGCUCAGCAGAGCCUGAAAUACCACCAGAGGCACGCAGCGGAGAGCGGUUCCACCACGGCAACGGGAAAAAACCCCAUCACCUACAUCGCUUCCAGAGGGACCAAGACCAAGUCAGCAGUCAUACACUCUUGUACCCAUAUGGACCCAAGUUCGGAGACAGAAGAACCCCCAAGGCAGACGAUGGGGCGUCUCCUGAAAUCCCCAUCUCCGUGCGCUUCUCCUUCUACAACAGGAGUUACCGCUCUCUUUACGUGAACAAUAAUGGUGUGGUGUCGUUUGGCGUCCCUGUGAACCAAUUCACACCCGAUUCUUUCCCACUGACCGAUGGGCGGGCCUUUGUGGCGCCAUUCUGGGCAGAUGUGGAUAACCGCAUCACGGGCGAGGUGUUUUUCCGGCAGAGCCGAGACCCGCAGCUCUUGCACAGAGUCACGGCUGACAUCAACGCCUACUUCCCCCAUGAAGAGUUCACCGCGGCCUGGCUCUUUGUGGCCACCUGGGACCGCGUGACCUUCUAUGGCUCCAAAUCCUCCAAGGUGAACACCUUCCAGGUGGUUCUAACCACCGACGGUGACCUGUCCUUCAUCAUGCUGCACUACAGUGACAUCCAGUGGACAACAGGGGUGGCAAGUGGUGGGGACCCGCAUACUGGAUUGGGGGGCAUCCCAGCUCAGGCUGGAUUUAACAGUGGUGGAUCCAAAAAUUACUUCAACAUCCCUGGCUCACGGACCCCAAGCAUCCUGAAGAUCAGUUCAAUGAGCAACAUCAAGAGCCCGGGGCGCUGGGCCUUCCAGGUGGACCAUUUCGCUGUGCCCAAAGGCUGUGUCUACAACGCCAACUUCCUGCCCCCCGGCACUUUCUUCUGGAGUGACCAGACGUGCAAGCGCCGGUGCCAGUGCAUGUAUGGGGAGGACGGGGUGACAUGCCAUGAAAGGGGUUGCUCCCUGGAUGAGGCCUGCCACCCAGCCUCCUGGUACCACGUGUGUCAGCCCAUCAGCCGAGCAGCCUGCCAGGCAUGGGGAGGGCGGCACUACAGCACCUUCGAUGGGCGACUCUACCACUUCCAGGGGGCCUGCACCCACAUGCUGUCACAGAUGUGUGCCCGCCCGCAUCUCUCUGGCCUAACACCAUUCCGGGUGGAGGCAGAGAGUGAGGAGCCAGAAGCGGCACAGGGGGCACCCUGGACCCGCCUUGUCCGGGUGACAGUCUAUGGGCAGGACAUCGCCAUGGCCAGGGGAGCCACUGGACACAUCACGGGUCUUUCAGGAAAAAAACAGGUGAAUGGGAUAAAGUCUCUCCUUCCGGUCACUCUUCUCAAUGGCAAGAUCCAAGUGCACCAGAAUGGCUUCUCUGUGAAAGUUGCUACUGAUUUUGGGGUGGAGAUUUCCUAUGACGGGAUUCAACGUGUGGAGGUCACCGUACCCUCGACUUACCGUAACUUCACCUGCGGCCUGUGCGGGACACUGACUGGUGACCCCUCCGAUGACUUCCAGACUCCAAAUGGCAUCUUAGUCACAUCAGCUGCUCUCUUUGCCACAAGCUGGCAGGUGAAGGGUGAGAGGCGCCAGUGUGCGGAGGACCAGUUGCUGCCUUCUUGUCCCAGUGCUGAACAGGCUCUUUAUUCUGGCCACGACUACUGCGGCAUUAUGAAAAUGUCUCCAGGCCCCUUCGCAGCCUGCGCUCAGGCCCGAUCCCAUGCAGGCUUGGUGGAAAACUGUAUGUAUGACCUCUGCAUGUCCAGGGGGAAUCGGACUGUGCUGUGUGGGGUUCUCCGUGCUUACACCGAGAGCUGCCAGGCAGCCAACAUCACUGUUGGGCAGUGGAGAACAGACCAGUUUUGUGGAAUCACUUGUCCAGAGAACAGCCAUUAUGAACUCUGUGCCAGUGCCUGUCCUGCCAGCUGCAUGGAUUCCACUGCCCCCUUGUACUGCACCCAGCCUUGCAGAGAGGGUUGUGUUUGCAACACAGGCUACAUUCUCAGCGGAGCAGUGUGUGUGUCCCUGAGACAGUGUGGCUGCACGUUGAAUGGUCAGUAUCACCAGCUAGGAGACGAGGUGAUCCUGACAGACACCUGCAGUAGGAAAUGCAGCUGCCGGCAGCCUGCCCAGCCCAUGCAGUGCCAGGAUCAUGCCUGUGGGGCUCUGGAGAUGUGCAGCAUUGUGGAUGGCAUCCGAGGCUGUUACCGUGUGAAAUAUGGCACCUGCUGGGUGUUCGGUCAUCCCCACUACACCACGUUUGAUGGAGUCACGUUUGAUUAUCAAGGAGCCUGCAAAUACACCCUGAGCAAAUACUGUGGCCCCCCCGGGAAACUCCCCGACUUCACCAUCAAAGUAGAGAAUGUGCACAGGGGCUCCAUUGUAGUGUCCUGGACGCACCUGGUAGAGCUCAAUGUCUACGGUGAGCAUAUUGCCAUAGCAGCAGGACAGUAUGGCCAGGUGCAGGUGAAUGGAUCCUUGGUCAAUCUUCCCCUGGUCCUUGCAUCAGGUAAACUCUACGCCUAUUUCAGCGGCUCAUCUGCUGUGGUUCAGACGGAUUUUGGCCUUUCUGUAUCCUAUGACUGGUCCUACUAUGUGUUGGUUUCUGUUUCUGAGAUCUACUCUGGGUUCCUCUGUGGACUCGGUGGAGACUUCAAUGGGAACCGGAGCGAUGAUUUUCGAACCCCAAAUGGUUCUGUGGUCCAUGAUGCCGUCACCUUUGGCAAUAGCUGGAAGGAUGCCGAUUCCCCUUUUCACUGCACGGCCGUUGGGCUCCCAGCCCAAUGUAACAAAGUAGAACUGGCCCAGUACAAAUCUCAGCAUUACUGCAGGGUCAUCACGGAUCCUACUGGGCCUUUUAAAGAGUGUAACCAGCCGGCUGAUGCUCAGGUUCACUUCGAGAGCUGCGUGGGGGACGUGUGCGCAACUCGGGGCAGCCACAAGACCCUGUGUGAAGUGCUUCGCAGUUAUGCCCAGCAGUGUCAAAGUCGCGGCAUUGCCAUUGAGCCGUGGAGACAGUGGGCUGGGUGUGAGCUAAUCUGCCCCGUCAACAGCCACUAUGAGCUCUGUGGACCUUCCUGCCCGGCCUCUUGUGCCCACCCAGCUGUGCCCUCCCGCUGCCGGACUGCGUGUGAAGAAGGGUGCCAGUGUGACCCUGGCUUUGUGCUGAGUGGCACUGACUGUGUGCCUCGGAGGCAGUGCGGCUGCACCCACAAUGGCAGAUACCACCUGGCAGGGGAAAGCUUCUGGGAAGGAGAAAAUUGCCAGAGAUUGUGCAGAUGUGACGGCUCCUCCCACUCUGUCCAGUGCUCCCGCUCUGCCUGUGUCCCUGGGGAAUUCUGUGGCACUCGAAAGGGGGUUUAUGGGUGCCACAAGCGAACCAAUGGCAUCUGCUGGGCUUCUGGGCUGCCCCAUUACACAACAUUUGAUGGGAAGCGAUACAAUUCCCAGGGCACCUGCAAAUAUGUCUUUGCUGAACUGUGUGGGGCAUCAAAGUCCUUACCCUUCUUCAGAGUGGAAGUGAAGAAUGGAAACCUGCCCCAUGUUCCUGUGGCUGUGACCUCGGAGGUGUUUGUCCUUGUGAACAGGACUGAGAUCCAUCUGCAGAGAGGGCACCACGGGACAGUCAAGAUUGAUGGGGUGACUCUGACUCUCCCGGUGCAUCUCCAGAGAAGAGGAAUCGUCGUUUAUCAGGAUGGGUUUCAUACCGUUGUGCAGGCCGACUCUGGUCUGAGUGUGAGCUACGACCUGGCCCACAGCCUCUUUCUCAGCCUCCCCCCUGAGUACCGAGGCCAGACCUGUGGGCUGUGCGUGAACCUCAAUGGAGCGGCUGAGGAUGAUUUUGUGAUGCAGAACGUCUCUCAUGGGAAGGACACCUUCCACUUGUCUUUGGCCGGGAAGUCGGAGGAUGUCCCUGGCUGUGACGACGGCUGCCCUGAUUCCUGCCCUUUGUGUGAAGAUGAGAAAAGUCUGGUGGAGUCCAAGUCCCGGUGCUGGGUGAUCCAGGACCCUGAUGGGCCGUUCUCCUCUUGCCACUCCCAGAUUGACCCAGGCCACUAUCUGUCUGAUUGUAUCUUUGACCUGUGUGUGUCAGGAGGGGAGAGCAGUGCCCUGUGCGAGUCCAUUCAGACAUACGCAGCUGCCUGCCAGAGAGCGAAUGUCUCCAUCUCACCUUGGAGGAACGAGACUUUCUGUGACCUGACAACUCAGGACAGUGGAAGGACAGUGUGA